AUGGCGUUCACACGCGCCUCCUUUGCCAUUUGCCUCCUCCUCUCUUUGGCCACCAUUGCCACCGCUGAUUACUACUCUCCCUCAUCUCCUCCGGUUUACACUCCACCUGCCUACAAACCAACCCUCCCACCUCCGGUUUACACCCCACCGGUUCACAAGGCCACACUCCCACCUCCGGUUUACACCCCUCACAAGCCCACACUCCCAUCUCCGGUUUACACUCCACCCGCCUAUAAACCUACCCACCCACCUCCGGUUUACACUCCACCAGUUCACAAGCCCACACUUCCACCUCCGGUUUACACACCACCCGCCUACAAACCCACCAACCCACCUCCGGUUUACACUCCACCGGUUCACAAACCCACACUCCCACCUCCGGUUUACACUCCACCGGCUUACAAACCAACUCUUCCACCUCCGGUUUACACUCCACCAGUUCACAAGCCCACACUUCCACCUCCAGUUUACACACCACCCGCCUACAAACCCACCCACCCUCCUCCAGUUUACACUCCACCGGUUUACAAGCCCACACUCUCGCCUCCCGUCUACACUACUCCCCCGGUUUACAAGCCCACACUCUCGCCUCCGGUUUACACUACUCCACCGGUUUACAAGCCCACACCCUCGCCUCCGGUUUACAAGCCAACUCCCUCACCUCCCGUCUACACUACUCCACCACCGGUUUACAAGCCAACUCCCUCACCUCCGGUCUACGAAAAGUCUCCGAGCUAUUCUCCUCCACCUCCAUAUGUUCCAAAGCCAACCUACUCUCCACCAGCCAAGCCAUACGUCCCAGAGAUUCUUAAAGCCGUUGAUGGCAUCAUACUAUGCAAAAACGGUUACGAAACGUACCCAAUUCAAGGAGCAAAGGCAAAGAUUGUAUGCUACGAGCCAACAUCUUACGGGAAGAACAAGGAGGAAGUGAUCUACAGCGAUCCAACUGAUGCUAAGGGUUACUUCCACGUGGUGUUGACCCACAUCAAGGACGUAGCUCACUGCCGUGUCAAACUCUACACAUCCCCGGUCGAGACUUGCAAGAACCCGACCAAUGUCAACAAGGGUGUCACCGGAGUUCCCCUCUCCAUGUACGGAUACCGUUACCACGCGGACAAGAACUUGAACCUCUUUAGCGUCGGACCUUUCUACUUCACCGGUCCCAAGGCUGCUCCCACCACCCCCAAAUACUGA